AUCCAUUUGGGUAUGUCUCUCGCUUAGAAAGGCUUUCAUUGAUGACUUUAAUGACUGUUCUGUUCACCAUGAAGACCCACCUAGUGCUGGCCGUUGGGCUCUGCUGCUUUUCGCUAUCAUCGUUGGCAGAGGGACAAGAAGUGAGCUCCUUGAGUAUGACACCUUUUGCCAUUGCCAUAAGAUUGCUGGACCCCAGGCAUCUACUAUGCUUCCAUUUGUGGCUGGCCAAACUCGUCACAAAGGCACCCGUACUGACAAUUGAGUUGUUUGCGUGCACCAAAGGAUCUGCGGCAAUGACAUUCCGACUCCCGGAAUCCCUGAAACAAAUGGUCACCAUGGCCGCUCCCAUUGUUUCGGCCUGUGCGAGCAUUGUCUCAAAUGCAGCCAUUGGUGGCCUCAAUUGUGUCAGAGAAGUUGCAGCACGUGGCCUAGAUCUGGUGGCAGUGAUGAAGCGCUUCCACCAAGCUCUUAUCGGAAUACCCCUACAGGCGGCACAAUGCGUAAAGGAAUCGUUUCAGAAGUUUUUCGGCGUUUCGAAUCUUUUCGAAGUCAUCGAUGGCUGCUUGUUUCCCAAAAAAUAAUCCACUUGAUGCAAUAAAUGGAUGCCUUAGCCAUUGAAAGCAUAAA